GCUACAGCAGCAGCAGCAACCACAACAACAUAAUCGCCAGCCUUCGACUUCGUCAGAUCCACAUUCUUACGUGGAGCAGGAGCACUAACCCUAGUGACUCUCAUGGGAGAUUGCUGCGCCUGCUAUGGAAGCUUGGUUUCUUCGUCAAAAUGGAGGAUUGGGUUUGUAGUUGCUGCUUCAGGGAAGAAGUCUGUGGAGGUUUCCAGACCACUGACUAGUAGAAAAGCCGCAGGCAAACUCAAGCUUCACAGGACGUGGACUCCCGGGCGGAGAGUGAGCAAGGAAAGAUACUUAUCAGACAGGAGCAGGACAACAGACCUGCAGGACGAAGGUCGAGAAGAAGAUGGAAACCAGAACGAGGAAGGACCAAGCAGUGAUGGUGUUCAACUGGGUUUGGAGUUUCCGCAGGAAGAAGAUGAAACCGAUAUCCCCGCAGAGGAAGAAGUAAAAACGUCUAGCAAGCUAAAUUGUCAGCAUUUUUCAAGGUGUUCCGGUUGUGCGUUUGAAAACGGACUCAACAAUCCGCCUGUUUACAACGAAGCUGUCACGUUCUUCCAGAAACGACGAAUUGCAAAGCUUCAGCUUAUACCCAGUGCUACGCACGGAUGGAGAUGUAGAGCUAAGUUAGCAGUUCGUGGAACGUCUGAUGACCCAUUUGUUGGACUUUUUGAGGAGCACAGCCACAGUAUUGUCGAUAUUCCUGAAUGCCGCGCCCACCAUCCUUCUAUAAACGCAGCGGUUGAGCUUAUCAAAGCAGUUAUACGAGACGUUGGUGUGCAACCUUACGAUGACGAGACGUGCACAGGGCAGCUGCGCUAUAUCCAGCUUGUUGUUAACAGCUACGUGACCUCCGUACCUGUUGAGCAGCGGAAGAACACAUGCAAAGUACAGGUGUCCUUGGUUUGGAACAGUCGAGAUGAGGAUUCUCCAGGAACGGAGCUUCUUCAUAAGAUGGCCUACAGUUUGUGGAGACGGGGUGGACAAGGAAGCCGAAGAGACCUCUUGCAUUCAAUUUGGGCAAACUUUCAAACAACGCAAACUAACAUAAUCUUGGGACAGAGGUGGAGGCGUUUGUUUGGGCAUUCUGAACUCUGGGAGCGUGUUGGAGGUGCGGACGUAUGCUACGCUCCCUCCAGCUUUGGGCAAGCAAACUAUCAGUCUUUUGAGGACCUCCUACAGAGACUUCAGAGAUACGUGAGAAAAGGAAGUGCCGUGGUGGACAUGUUUGCUGGUGUUGGCGUCAUUGGCUUGAGUUUGGCAGCCACUAGAAAGUGCAGAUUUGUCAAGUGCGUCGAGGUGAAUAAGCACUGCAAAGAGCCUUUUGAACGUUCUCUUUCGAGAUUACCAGCUUCCGUCGACUGCCAAAUCAGCUGGCAUUGCGCAGAUGCAGCAGAGGCUCCGAUAACGUGGUUGGAAGGUGCAGAUGUGGUUGUUGUUGAUCCUCCAAGAAAAGGAUUGCAGCCCGUGCUUAUUGAGGCUCUGAGAACUGCUUCAUUGAGAGCGCAAGGCAAAACAAGAUCGCCAUCUAGAAACGAAAUCGAUAAAGUUGAGAAACGACCGUGGAUGUUGCGAGCGAAAGAUGGUGGUGUUCAAAGAGAGGGAGAAACGACUUGGCGAGACGAUGAUGUAUGGCCAGAGCAGUUGAUAUAUGUCAGCUGUGGAUGGGAUUCAUUCAAACAGGAUUGUGAGGCACUGGAAGAGAACGGACAUUGGCAUUUGGCGAAUGCUCAUGCUUACAACUUCUUUCCCGGCACUGACAGCAUUGAGAUACUCGCGGUUUUCCGAGCUGGCAAAAGAAUGAAGAAGAAAACCAGAGCGUAACUACAAUUUGUUUGUGUAUUAUCACACUUUAUCCACGCUAAUGUCAAAUUCAUUUUAGGUGUUGAGAAGGUAA